AUCGACAUCAUUGCCGGUGUGACCCGGGACGAGGGUUCACUGUUAUCGUACUGGACUUACCCCGAACUUCACGGGAAUUUCACUGAACAGGAGUUUAGGGAUUUGGUCCAAGUGUCGGACGAUCUGUUUCAUGGCAUACCUGUCCAAAAUGUAACCGAUUACUAUCUCAGGGAUGUUAACACCAGUGACUCCCAGGCACUCAAACAUGCAUUUUACAACUAUUACGGCGAUAUACUCAUGAAGUGUCCGACAUAUCUACUACACCUCAAACAAAAGCCCGACAAGAAACUUAUGUUGAGUUGGUGUGGAAACCUGAACUUUUUCAGUGCAGAAAUCAUGCAAAUGUGGACUCAAUUUGCCAAAAAUGGGCUGCCAUCGACUGAAUGGCCGACACUUAUAGACCACAACCAAUUGGUUCGCGUGAAGAACCUGAACCCACACACAGACACACCGGUUAUGGUUAACCCAUUUGAGAGUACAUGUGAUGGUCUAAUCGAUGGCACAAAAGUGAAAGACAUGUGUCCACAACCGGUCAGACACUUCACCAACGAUGUCAACCAGAGCGAGGACUGUCUGUUUCUUAACAUAUGGACAGUUAGUUCACAAAAUAAUAGGUCGAAUGGCGACCUAAAAGCAGUGAUGGUUUACAUACACGGCGGAGGCUUUAUCGUGGGCUCCAGUUUCCAAUUCCCGGACAUCAAUGGCACAGCACUGGCCUCCCAUGACCUCACUAUUGUCACCAUUAAUUAUAGGCUUGGAUUCCUU